AUGUCCAGCAACAACACCAACAAUAAUAAGGUGAAGGGCCUCCUUAAAGGGCUAAGAUUCAUUUCUCAGAUAUUUGAUAAUAAUGAAAAAGAAGAAGAAAUUGAGAUCGGUCAUCCCACAAAUGUAAAGCAUCUUGCACAUAUUGGACGCGAUGGUCCCGUUGAAAGUGCUCCUAGCUGGAUGAACGAGUUUAAAUCUGUCCCAGAAUUUUCAUCUGCAUCUCCUAAUGGAGACAUUCAUAGCACAGGGCUUGAGAAUUCAGCUCAACAGGUCUCUAAAGAUUCAAUAAGAAGAGGUUCAAAGUCUAGGAAUCGUGAAGGUGAAGAGAAGGACAUAUCACCAGAGUUGCCAAAAUCAUCUAAGAGGCAAUCAAAUUCAUCAGGAAACAUGAGAGAGUGCCGAGCAAAGGAAAAGUCAGAUAGGCCAAGGCACCAAAAAAAGUCAUCGAAACAUUCACGACCAAAUGAUUCAUGUAAAGGAUCUAAAUACACCGAACAACCCAUGAUGCACGCAGACAUGGAUUCACUUCAACUCCAAAUGAGUGAUGACAUGCCUAAAAGGUCUCGUUCUAAGAUGUCAAAAGAUGGUUCUGUUGGUGGUGGCUCAACUAAAUCCAGAUCGAAAAGGGACAACAAUUCCAAUCCAUUAUCCCCUUCUAAAUUCAGUUCCAAAUCUAAGAGCAAACAUAUGUCCUUUGAAGAAGAUGAACAACUUAAGAGAGGACACACUCAAGAUAUAUUGAAAAAUUAUCCAAAUUAA